AGACAUGACAUGAAUACCCUGAGUUUACCGCUUAACAUUCGCCGUGGAGGCUCUGACACCAACCUGAACUUUGAUGUACCAGAUGGGGUCCUAGAGUUUCACAAAGUCAAACUCAGUGCAGAUAGCUUGAAGCAGAAGAUCCUCAAGGUUACAGAACAAAUCAAAGUUGAACAAACAGCUAGAGAUGGAAAUGUGGCUGAGUAUUUGAAACUGGUAAACAGUGCAGACAAGCAACAGGCUGGGCGCAUUAAACAAGUCUUUGAAAAGAAGAACCAGAAAUCUGCCCACUCCAUUGCCCAGCUGCAGAAGAAAUUGGAACAGUAUCACAGAAAGCUCAAGGAUAUUGAACAAAAUGGAUCUUCCAAAGCUACAAAGGAUGCUUCUAAAGAUAAUUUGAAAGAUAUGCAGCAUGGAAAGCCUCGUACCUCUGGGCAUGGAACAGAGAGCAGCAAGUCGGGUGUGCCAGGUGUAUCUUUGACACCACCUGUCUUUGUUUUCAGCAAGUCUAGAGAGUUUGCAAACCUAAUCCGAAACAAAUUUGGUAGUGCAGACAACAUUGCUCAUCUUAAAAAUACCUUGGAUGAAUUUCGUCCAGAGACAAGCUCUAGAACGUAUGGGGGCAGUGCCACUAUUGUCGCAAAACCGAAAUACGUUAGUGAUGAUGAAUGCUCAAGUGGGACCUCUGGCUCAGCAGAUAGUAAUGGGAAUAAUUCCUUUGGUCCUGCUGUGGCAAGUACCCUGGACAGCCAAGGAAAGCUUUCCAUGAUUUUGGAGGAACUAAGGGAGAUCAAGGAGACACAGUCGCAAUUAGCUGAUGAUAUUGAGAAUUUAAAAACACAAUUUAAAAGAGACUAUGGCUUUAUUUCUCAGAUGUUGCAAGAGGAAAGAUAUAGAUACGAAAGAUUGGAAGACCAGUUAAACGACCUCACUGAUCUUCAUCAACAUGAGACAGCAAACUUGAAACAGGAGCUAGCCAGCAUAGAGGAGAAAGUGGCGUAUCAGGCAUACGAGCGAUCACGAGAUGUUCAGGAAGCCUUGGAAUCCUGCCAGACCCGGGUUUCAAAGCUGGAGCUCCAUCAGCAAGAACAGCAAGCACAGCAGUCCGAAACAGUUAAUGCCAAAGUGCUUCUGGGGAAAUGUAUAAAUGUUAUCCUGGCCUUCAUGACUGUCAUCUUAGUGUGCGUUUCUACUAUUGCAAAGUUCAUUGCUCCGAUGAUGAAGAGCCGGUUUCAUAUCAUCUGCACUUUUUUCGCAGUAACACUGCUGGCAAUAUUUUGUAAAAACUGGGAUCAUAUCAUUUGUGCCAUAGAAAGAAUGAUUAUACCAAGAUGA